UCUUUACCUUUGGGUGUAGAGUCGCUAACCCAAUUUGUGAAACAGCAGAUGACAAUCUCUUGAAAUAUCACCACUGCCACGGCUGCUGCCGUUGCCGCUGCCGCUGCCAAAUAUUGAGUGACCAUGAGCUCUCCUACAGACUCUCAAAAUCAAGCCGCGAACUCUCCCUCACAAGAUCCCAACCACAAUCAACAAGAAGACCCACCACAAUCAAAUGAUCCCCAAUCCCCUAAAACCCUAACCCUAGAAAUUCCUGACUUAGAACACCCUAACCUACAUGCCGAUGAGCUCAAACAAGACGAUCCUGAAGAUAUCACCCCUAUUUCUCCAACAAUCUCCGAUACCCACUUCAACUCCACCUCUGUCGUCGCCAAUUUCACUGCCUCUCGCCGCGGCGGAGGCGGCUCAAAACGCAGUAAACGACAUCAUCACCAGGAGAAGAAGAUUCAGAAAAGGCUCGAAAUUCUUGUUGGAACCUUUAAUCCAGUCCCGUUUGUUCCCGUCAAAACCCUUGAUUUCGCAUCCCAUGAGGCUCUCCUAAGGCGACUUGGCUUAUGGGACUUCGUCCACCUGCAUUUCGAUAUCAACAUUCGCACCGAUCUUAUUAUACAGUUGAUUGCUAAUUUUAACCCCACUGGUCGCCAUAGUUACGUCAAUGGGUGUCGCAUCAAGGUCAGUCGUGCUGACUUGGCUCGUGCAUUGAGUCUGCCGGCGAAAAAGGAUAAGGUGGAUAGUGCGGUAGAGGUGGAGAGCGAGGAAUCGAUAGGAUUCAUAGAGGAUUUCGUGUCUACUUGGUUGUUGUUGCAUGAAGAUACCUGGAUGAUGACUGACGAUAUUUUGAGUGUGACUAAAGCGAUCAAGGAAGGACAUUUUGAGAAGGUCGAUUGGGCUAAGUUGAUUUGGCUUAUGCUCGAGAAGGAGUUGGCGGCAGCACCCAAGUUAGGUAACUGUUAUUAUGCCUCGCAUUUACAAAAACUGAUAAAACAUCAGAAGAGUGACUUGUUCAAGGAAGAGCCUGUUAAAAUGGAGGUCGAUGUGAAUGACGAUAGCGAAGAGGAAGAUGUGAGAAUGAGUGAGGAAGUUCGUGGAGGAUCAGAAUUGGAAGAGCAUAACAUUGAAUUGAGUCUUGGUGGACUGGAUAAUUCAGCAAAAGAUGAUGGUGGGAAAGAGGGAAAGGAACAGGUGGGUGAUGAGGAUACUAUGGAUUUUGAGGAAAGUAAGGAGGAUGAAGAACAGAGACAGUGGGUAAAGAGCAGCGUGGAGGGGCAUUUUCUGCGGCAAUGUAAUCUUGGUGAAGUUGCUGGCGUGGAAUGUGAGGAGAGAAAGCAGGAAGAAGAGGCGGGAGAAGAAGAGGAAAAAGAAGGUGAAGAUGGAGGAGGAGGAGGAGAAGAAGAUGAUGAUGAUGAUGAGGAGGAGGAGGAGGAGGAGGAGGGGGAGGAGGAAGUGGGUUUUAGUAUUUCGCCAAAAGGGGAUACUUAUUCUGAGAAUUUUAUUGCAGCCAUGGAAGCAGCACAAAUUCCUUUCAGUUCAGGAGUACAAAUUCGUGAUAAUGUGUCCUCAGGGGACUUUCUUGCAUCUAGGGUUGAAACACAGACAAUUCCUGGUAGUUCGGCACUUUUCAGCAAUGGUAAUGGAAACAAGAGGGAAAUUGAGCAUCUUGAUAAUGAUAUACCCCAUCAUGCACUUAACGGUGGUAAUAAGAGGAUGAGGAGUGAUGGACCAUGGGAUAUGAAGUCAUCCUCUGAUUUUGAAAUUUAUAUGGAGCAAAUGGAACAUAUAAUGGGAAAAGCUAGGAUGGCGUAUGAGGCAAAGGAGCAGGCUUAUCAUGAUAUGAGCAUGAAUCAGCAAGUGUUGCUUAGUGAGCUGCAGCGGCGGGAUAAUGUGAUUCAGCAUUUACACAAGACCAGGAUAGAGGAGCAACAAAAAGGGCAUUCAGAGGUUUAUAGGCUUGAACGUGAAUUAUAUAUGAUGGGAAAUUUAUUAGAAGGGUAUAGGAAGGCUUUGAAGGAGACGCACAAGGCAUUUGCUGAGUAUCGCGCGAAAUGCCCGCUGCCUGAAGAACCAAUUUACAAGGAUACUGGGUCUGGGGGUCUUGUUUUGAGCACCAUGGAAUUGGAGAAGCGGCGCUUGAAACAAGAGGAAGAAGAAAGGCAAAGCCGUUUGUUGAUUGAGAAGAAGGUUAAGGAAUUUGAGGUAGAGUGUAUUACUAAAUUUGAAGCAUAUAAAGAUGGAGUGGAGUUAUUGGUUAGCAAGUUGAUGGAGGUUGAAAAGGAAGUCAAUGUCUUGAAGGAAAUAUUUGCAAAACGGAAGCUUGCAAAGAUGUCAGAAUGCCCUCCAGCUGAAGAAUGAGCUACAAGUCUAUUUAAAGUGUGUGGAAAUUUAGGUGAAUGACAGCUAUUUAUGUAAGUUGAAUGGCACAACUCUUUCUGUGUUUGAAACUAGAAGCUCAAAUUUAUGUUAAUUGCUGACAGUUCUCUUA